UUGUGGUCAUUUCACGAGAGAGGGACUUUGCGGAACAUCGUGGGUGGUCAAAUCAGCACCUGUCGUUUUUCUUCUUGUUUACAUCUAUAUCUACUUUCUGUUUCUCUCUCCACAUUUUUCUUCCUAAGACGGCUGCAGCUCGCUGUUUUAAUCUCCCUUUGAUUUCCGUUUUUGCUACAAUAUUUCCAACUCACAAACACACAAGUGUCGUUAGCUACAUUCGUUACUUACACCGUCGUCAAACAUGGCGGGCCCGGUUCUGAAAGCAGGAAGCCGACCGCCGUGGGUGGGUUUGGCGGCGGCGGUGUGGGUCCUAAUUGCCGCUGGGAACGGCUACACUUUCCCACUCUACUCGCCUCUGCUGAAAUCGGUUCUGGGUUUCAGUCAACAGCAAGUGACCGUACUUGGAGUGGCCAACGAUAUUGGAGAGAGCGUUGGGUUGCUUCCUGGGAUUGUGUGCAAUAAGUUCCCUCCUUGGGCCUUGCUCUUGGUUGGUACGGCUUGUUGCUUCUUUGGGUACGGCGUCAUCUGGCUUGCUGUUAGCCAAACUCUUCCCAACUUGCCUUACUGGCUGUUAUUUAUGACUCUUUGCAUUGCUACAAAUAGCAACGCUUGGUUUGGGACAGCUGUUCUUGUGACCAACAUGAGGAACUUCCCUCUCAGUAGGGGCACGGUUGCUGGAAUUCUCAAAGGUUAUGUUGGGCUCAGCGCUGCAGUGUACACAGUCAUAUACAGUGCAGUACUUAAAAAGUCCCCUUCCAAUCUACUAUUGUUUCUUGCUCUUGGAAUUCCUGUUUUGUCUUUGGCCAUGAUGUAUUUUGUCCACGCAUGUACACCAUCGUCCGAAGAAGACUCUUCGACGCAUAUCCAUUUUAUCUUCACUCAAGCUCUUAGUGUUUUGCUAGCAAUCUAUCUUCUCACAACUACUGUAUUGUAUGACACCAUGUCCCUAAGUGAUGCUGUGUCUUAUACUUUAGUCGCCAUAUUGGUCGUGCUUCUUCUGUCUCCCUUAGUAAUUCCUAUCAAGAUGACACUCUUUCCUACAAAUUCAAAGAACCUUGCCUCGGAAGACAUUGCCGCUCAAACAGAUCCGUUGUUGGAAUCUUCUUCAUCAGCUACAAACCUUGGAAGUUUUCAUGAGAACGACUAUGCUUCGGAUGUGGAAAUACUGCUUGCUAUUGGUGAAGGGGCAGUGAAGCAGAAAAGGAGACCUAGAAGGGGGGAGGAUUUCAAGUUUCGCGAAGCAUUUAUAAAGGCUGAUUUCUGGCUUCUUUGGAUUGCAUACUUUCUUGCGGUUGGUUCAGGAGUAACUGUCCUCAAUAAUUUGAGCCAAAUUGGAGUUGCAUUAGGAUUUGACAAUACAACAAUAUUGUUGGCAUUGUUCAGCUUUUGCAAUUUCGCAGGUCGCCUUGGCUCUGGUGCUGUUUCUGAGUACUUUGUCAGGUCAAGAAUGAUUCCUCGUACCGUAUGGAUGACUUGUGCACACGUGCUUAUGAUCUUGGCAUUCCUUUUGUAUGCAUCAGCUCUCAGCGGCACGCUCUAUGCUGCAACUGCUCUGCUUGGGGUUUGCUAUGGGGUUCAGUACUCUAUGAUGGUCCCAACUGCCUCCGAGCUUUUCGGACUGAAACAUUUCGGUGUAAUCUCCAGCUUCAUGCAGCUAGGCAAUCCCAUUGGAGCAGUUCUUUUCUCAGCUCUACUUGCUGGCUCUGUCUAUGAUGCUGAAGCCGCCAAGCAAGGAGGAGGAUCCACCUGCUUAGGUCCAGAUUGCUUCAGGCUCACAUUCCAGGUUCUAGCCGGGGUCUGUGGAUUAGGUACCAUCAUGGGCAUAAUUCUAACAAUAAGAAUAAGACCAGUUUACCAAAUGCUUUACGCCGGGGGCUCUUUCCGACUGCCUCAGAGUUCAAGCCACUGAUUGCUGGAGACACCAUUGUCCUGGAAAAGCAAGGCAGGCUGGUUUUCAAUAGAGGGUAGUUCUAAUAAAGUUGUUUCAGCACAACUGGAAUAUCCGAGGCAUGACUUGGUAAUGUAUUUGUUAUGUUGGGAAAUUUUUCUGAGAGAUAGGAUGCCCCACCAAAAAGCAUGUAUCAUUUGUAGGUUUUAUUUAUGCUUACUAGUAGCAAUAAGUUUUAGGAAGAUGAUGUGGGGAUAUAAUAUAUGAUUAAACUUACAUAUUCAAAUCAAUAUAUAACUACUGCCCUUUUGAGGGCUGUUUGAGAUAA